CAGUACUCCACUCCGCCGCUCCGCUCUACUCCUAAAUUGCCUGUCCAAAAAAACAAGGCCACCGAUUCACGCCGACGAUCAGCUCAAACUCUCUCCCUCCUUCUUAGGAUUUCCAUAAGCCAUGGCGAUGCUAUCUCGGUCUAGGUCACUACUCCCUUCUCGUUUCCAUUUCACUCGAUUCUCUUCUUCUUCUUCCUUUUCUUCUUCCUUCGGCCCCCCUCCCUCCGUUCCUUCUCGCAGAGUCGUUGUUACCGGAUUGGGCAUGGUAACGCCGCUUGGCUGUGGGGUGGAAGCAACAUGGAAGCGGUUGAUAGUGGGGGAAUGUGGAGUAAGGGUUAUAACUCCUGAAGAUCUCAAAAUGAGUGAAUUCGAUAAAGAAACCAGAUUGCAUACUUACGAACAGUUGACCUCCAAAGUUGCUGCAACUGUGCCCUGUGGAACCAACUCAGACCAGUUUAAUGAGGAAAUAUGGCUUAAUUCCAAGGAGGAUAGGUCAGUUUCUAGGUUUGUAGGUUAUGCAUUAUGUGCCGCUAAUGAAGCUCUCAGAGAUGCGAAUUGGAUGCCCACUGAGGAAGAGGAGAAGGAGAAGACGGGAGUCUCCAUUGGUGGAGGGAUUGGAAGCAUUAGUGAUAUACUGGAUGCAUCCAAAUUGAUAUGUGAGAAGCGUGUUCGGCGGCUUAGUCCGUUUUUCAUCCCGCGGAUACUGAUAAACAUGGCAGCUGGUCACGUGAGCAUAAAAUUCGGAUUCCAGGGACCCAACCAUGCUGCAGUGACUGCUUGUGCAACUGGGGGACACGCUAUUGGUGAUGCUACAAGGAUGAUUCAAUUUGGAGAUGCCGAUGUUAUGGUGGCUGGAGGAACGGAGUCCAGCAUAGACGCUUUAUCCAUAGCAGGAUUUUGCAAGUCACGGGCUUUGAGCACGAAGUACAAUUCCACUCCUGAACAGGCUUCACGACCAUUUGAUUGCGGCCGAGAUGGAUUUGUUAUAGGUGAAGGUGCUGGUGUCAUGGUGUUGGAGGAACUGAAACAUGCAGAAAAGCGAGGGGCAAAAAUUUAUGCAGAAGUUCGUGGUUAUGGGACUUCAGGGGAUGCAUAUCAUAUUACUCAACCACAUGUUAAUGGAAUGGGUGCCAUAUUGGCCAUGACACGUGCUUUAAAGCAGUCUGGUCUUCGUCCUAAUCAAGUGGAUUAUUUAAAUGCCCAUGCUACAUCUACACCUCUAGGUGAUGCAAUAGAAGGCAAGGCCAUUAAGUCUGUGUUUCUUGAGCAUGCGACUUUAGGUGCUUUGGCAUUUUCCUCCACCAAGGGUGCUACUGGUCAUCUACUUGGAGCAGCUGGAGCUGUGGAAGCAAUUUUUGCGGUUCUAUCAAUAGACCGUAGAGUUGCUCCGUUAACGCUUAAUCUCAUAAAACCAGAUCCCAUUUUCAGCUAUCGUUUCAUGCCUUUGUCUGCUUCGAAGUGGAUGCCAGUUAGAGCAGCCAUGUCAAAUUCUUUUGGCUUUGGAGGAACUAAUGCAUCCCUGGUAUUCUCGGUGAUUUAGAAAGGGCUAAUUACAAAGAUGUUACUUGCUCCUGAGUUUUGCAAAAGUUGACUGCUUGGAUAUCGGAUCUGCGAUGCUUCUCGGGAAGGAUCAUUUUGCCACAGUUUAGCUUUGGCUUUCUGUAAAUUUAUUGCUUUUUCGCACUCGAACAGUUUCGGAUAAGAGUCAUAUAAGAGCCCCCAUGUAGGAAAGUUUUGGCGUUGUAGCAUCCAGGAAUGUAUGUAAGGAGAACAUAUGUACAGCUUUUGUAGUUUGAAAUUUACUUUCUUUUGUUCAACAGAGAAUUUACAAGGACUUGGAGAUGAAAGUUUCCUAGUAUCUUGAC